CCGUCUUCCGAAUCCGAGCCAUUACCCUUACUUCCAAAAUUCAAGCUCUAUAGGUUCGCAUCGGAAGAGGGAGCUCAACAAUGGCGCUUGAAUGGGUUGUACUAGGGUACGCCGCGGGUGCUGAGGCUAUCAUGGUCCUCCUCCUCACGAUCCCUGGCCUCGACGGCCUCCGCAAGGGUCUCAUCGCUGUGACUCGUAAUCUUCUCAAGCCUUUCCUCUCUGUGGUUCCCUUUUGCCUCUUUUUGCUCAUGGACAUCUACUGGAAGUACGAGACUCGUCCCACCUGCGAGGCCGACACGUGUUCCCCCUCCGAGCACCUUCGCCACCAGAAGUCCAUCAUGAAGAGCCAGCGCAAUGCUCUCCUUAUCGCUGCUGCCUUGAUGUUCUACUGGCUUCUGUACUCCGUCACCAAUCUCGUUGUCAGGAUUGAGCAAUUGAACCAGCGGAUUGAGCGUUUGAAGAAUAGGGAUUGACUCCGCUGAUCGGUGGGUUGUCUGGUUAAGAUAAGUAUCUUACUUUUUGUUGGAAUGAUUUCUAUUUGUGCUGUUGUAUUAGGAGAACAUUUUUUCAUUUUCUGAUUUUGUACCACUUAUUUUGAGAUUGAAGAAGAAAUAAAAAAGAAUAGAGACUUACUGUUA